AUGACGCCGCGAAAAGACCUGCUGGACCAUGUACGAGCUGCACCGAUCAACAAGGUGUGCUCCGCCUCUGGACACGCGCUGAAGGUGGCUGGUGCGGGACGAGCUGCAUUUAAGGGAGCGGAUGGCAAGCCGGUGGUGCUGCACGACGUUCUCCUUGUUCCAGAACUCAAGGCCAACCUCAUCUCCCUCCGUAAGCUUGGCAAGUCUGGGGUGAGCACUAGCACGGAUGGGGCACGCACUUACAAGGGGCAGCUGGGCAAUCGGGUGCUUUGGGAUCUGCACGAGAGUACGGACGUGUACAGAUCCAUGUGGCAGCUGCCGGCGGUGGCGUGGCAUGGUGGGAGGCAGGCUGGAGAGGGGUCUGCAUCCCAGGGGGAGUGCAACGCCGUUGGAGGGGUUGGUGUGAAAGUGUCGGCCAGAUCUGGGGAGACGGAUUGGGCAACGGCACACCGUCGCUUGGGGCAUGUGGCAAUGCCCUUGUUGAAGCAGUUGGAGAAAGAUGGAGCCGACCAAGAAGCCGUUGGAGCUGGUCCACAUGGACUUGGUGGGGCCGCUGCCGGUUCAGGGACACAAGGGGGAGCGGUACUUUCUGACCAUAGUGGAUCAUUGGAGCAGGCUUAUGUGGGCAUAUCCGCUGAAGCAAAAGGACCACGCCGCCUCUACGAUACGGGAUGA